AUUCGCUACCUUAUCGUGUAUACCAACGUCGUUCUCACCACCAGGACGAUCACCACCCCCCAAGAAACACCUCCGCCCAACCGCCGAGUCGUCGCCGUCCACAAAUCGGGAGGAUCAAACGAGACAGGGUCCAUGACCAUCGAUUCUUUGGCGUGAAGAUCAGUGGAGCGCCGUGCCGGUUUGUCCCAGAGGAACCACUCCCGACUUCACCUCAGAGAGGAGAGAGGAGAGUCCCGCGCGACUCGUGUGUGUCGCUCCUGAGUCUUUGCGAACUGACGGGAACGCUUCUUCAUCACCUCUCAGCCUCUUCGACUCCUUCUACUCAUUCACCUGCAUUGAUACCUGAGAUUCCAUCUCCUCGGGCUUGGUUCAUCCGACCGCGACAUCAUCCUUUACCUGUCGAAUCCUCCUCAACAUUACCUCCACCCUGCCCCACGCGCUCUCCCAUCACGAAGCGCCACGACAUCACGAAUUUCACGCCUUCCAUCACCACUGGACCAUCAUGUCUACCGCCGUCGCAACGCCCGCGGCCUCUCUACCCACACCCGUCGAACGUCACCCUUCUCCGCGACAAUACGCCUCCAUCGCGCCGACUUCCUCACCCUCCUCGUCUUCGCAACUCCACGAACCCGCUGCCAAGCGAGCAAGAAUUAAUGCUUCUCCCGAAUAUGUUACAGAUCGACAGGCGUCGAAUAGCAACAGCCCGCAAAAUGCGACAUCACGCUCCGGACCUCCUCCCCCGAUCAAAGUCAAGCGAGAGCCAGGCUCACCCGCGCCAGCAUCCUCCCGCCCACGACCGAAACGCCUCGAUCUCUCCUCCAGCAUGAACAACAGCCGAAGCGGACCGCAUACCGGACGACCAUCGGCGCCGUUGACCUCGCGCGAGUCGGCUGGCCUCAUCAUUCAAGACGUCGGCUUGGCAUGUCUAUCACCAGGCUUUGCGACCAACGACCCGGGCAUGAGGGAACAACUUCAACGCAGUCUCAACGUGCGCGACCGCCAACGCAUGAUUAUUGAAGCAAGACAAAAGAGUGGAAAAUCAGGGUCUGGCAGCUCGGCGGACAACGAUGGUCCACGGACUCAGGAUACAACCCUCUUCGGCGUUCCAACCAACGGCACUCGCACUCCUCUCACUUCUCGGCGAAAGGGUCCACCGGCAGGUCUGUCCAUCGCCGCACCUCCCGCCGCACAAUUCCAGAACGACCGCGUGAUACAAUCUGCUCCGAUCCACCAGACGUUCACAGGCCUGCGACCUGGCGAAUAUCCGGCUUCCCGUCACGCGCAACACGGGCCUAGUGGACUCGGCCAGACGUCACAUAUUCAUCACGUUCCAGCCACGCAGACGAACAACCGCCUUCCUCCGAUCGCGGAUGUGUUUGCGAACGACCGUCUGGAGUCGAGACGAUACAACAAUAACGGCAAUUCACCGAACGGUCAUCCUCCGCCGGUUCCAUCGCCUGGCUUUCCGCCUUCUGCGCAGAGUGGUACUGGACAGCCACCGCUCUCCGCCAGAGCACGCGAGUUCCGCUCCGCCGAGGAAGCAGUUCAAGGCCUCUCCGGCGGCCGCGACGAAUUAAUGCCAAAGGUGGUGCACUACGGUGGCGUCCAGCCUCCUACUCCUCCUUCGCCUAUGCCUGGCCACCUCCAAGACGUUCUGGCUCGCACGACAUCUGCCGGUCACCUCCCCUCCUCGCGAAGGCGGACGAGAGAAGAAUUCGAGCAGGAUAACCACAGUCCGCCACAUUCCCACUCCCACGAAAGAGGCAGAGAAGAGGAGGAUUGGAAAAGAGGAAUGGGAAGUCGGGAGAAGAAGGAGGAGUUUUUGAGACUUUGUGAGAGGGCCUGGGAUUUAUUUCAUUCUUGA